AUGGGUCUCUGUUUCUCUUCUCCUAAAGCCACCAGACAUGGUACCAGUCGCCGGAAACCUAAUCCGACGCCGGAGAUGCCUAAACCGCAACCACAGGGGAAGGCAAGAAAAAAGGUUAGUAAUAAAAACAAGAAGAAGACGAACAACAACAAGAUCCAAUGGAGACACGGAGGAGAGACCCCUUACGGUAAGGGCGUCGAUUUUGGGUACGCUAAGGAUUUCGAUAACCAUUACACCAUCGGGAAAUUACUCGGACACGGCCAAUUUGGUUUCACCUACGUCGCUACCGAUAACGUCAACGAAGAUCGCGUCGCCGUCAAGAGAAUCGAUAAGGCCAAGAUGACUGUGCCGAUUGAAGUGGAAGAUGUGAAGCGAGAGGUUAAGAUACUACAAGCUUUAGGUGGGCAUGAGAAUGUGGUUGCGUUUCACAAUGUAUUCGAAGACAAAAACUAUGUUUAUAUAGUCAUGGAGCUAUGUGAAGGUGGUGAAUUGCUAGAUCGAAUAUUAGCUAAGAAAGACAGCCGUUACUCUGAGAAAGAUGCAGCGGUUGUGGUGAGACUACGCGGUUUGGUUCACCGUGAUAUGAAGCCAGAGAACUUUCUGUUCAAGUCGACAGGAGAAGAUUCGUCUCUAAAGGCUACAGAUUUCGGAUUGUCUGACUUUAUAAAGCCAGGAAUGAAGUUCCAGGACAUAGUAGGAAGCGCGUAUUACGUUGCCCCUGAAGUGUUGAAACGUAGGUCAGGACCCGAAUCAGACGUAUGGAGUAUCGGUGUCAUCACUUACAUUCUGCUCUGUGGAAGAAGACCCUUUUGGGAUAAGACACAAGACGGAAUAUUCAAUGAGGUCAUGAGGAAAAAACCUGACUUUAAAACAAUCCCGUGGCCAACCAUUAGCAACAGUGCCAAAGAUUUCGUGAAGAAGUUGUUAGUAAAGGAGCCACUAGCUCGGUUGACAGCAGCUCAAGCGCUAUCACAUCCAUGGGUGAGAGAAGGAGGCGAGGCCUCGGAGAUUCCAAUAGAUAUAUCUGUUCUCAACAAUAUGCGUCAGUUUGUGAAAUUCAGCCGCCUUAAGCAGAUUGCUCUGAGGGCUCUGGCGACGACAAUUGAUGAGGAUGAGCUGGAUGAUCUCAGAGACCAGUUUGAUGCGAUUGACAUUGACAAGAACGGUUCCAUUAGCCUCGAGGAGAUGAGGCAGGCUCUUGCGAAAGAUGUUCCUUGGAAACUGAAGGAUGCAAGAGUUGCAGAGAUUCUUCAAGCAAUUGAUAGCAACACUGAUGGGUUGGUGGAUUUCACUGAGUUUGUAGUCGCUACUUUGCACGUGAAUCAAUUGGAGGAACAUGACUGUGAGAAGUGGCAACAGAGGUCAAGAGCAGCAUUUGACAAGUUCGACAUAGACAGAGAUGGGUAUAUAACACCCGAGGAACUUCGAUUGCAAACGGGUUUGAAAGGCUCUAUCGAGCCACUUCUUGAAGAGGCUGAGGUCGACAAAGAUGGGAGAAUCAGCAUCCAUGAGUUUCGUAGACUCUUGAGAUCUGCAAGCCUCAAGUCAAUAAAAGUUAAAAGCCCUCCUGGUUACCAGCUUUCUUGA